AUGCCGCUCUCGCUCUACAACCCUGCAACCAAGCAGUUCAAUUGGACUGGGAUCGCCAUCCACGUCGCAUUUCUCCAGCUCCUGGUGAUAUCUUCACUAGAGGCCGUCGCUAUCUACUAUGUAUAUACGGUUGGUAUCGCCGGUUUAGGCAUCGCUAUCGACAGCGCUAACCAUCUAUGGCGCCAGUUCAUCAACGCACACAUUCAAAUCACGCCUCCGGAGAUGGGGGGCAACUCGAGCGACAUGACGUACAAUGUCGGGCAGUAUCCUAUCCAGAUUGUGUAUUUUGGGCUGUUCAUAUUCUCGCAGUUCUUUCAGUUCAUCUUGGUCUGGGAUGCGGCUCGAGUGAAAAACACGAUGCAGGUCAUUGCCGGCGCAGUUUUCAACAUCCUGACAUUUGCUUACUCGGGAAUUCAAAUAUGGCAAACCUACAAGCUGCUAGGGUGCUCAGUUAGCAUCAUCGAUGGAUUCAACAACGGCAACAGCCGAGCCUCCUACUACGCGGCGCUUGCCCUUCAAAGUGUCACAGACCAGAUGUGCUCUGUUCCGGCAAAUCCGCCCAACUCGACCAGCGUCAGCAUUCCGUUUACCACGGUGCCGAAUCUGAUCCGUCCGGCAUUGCCGUACGAAUAUGCUAUCUUUGUCAUCAUGUUCGUUUUCAACGCUGGCGGCUCGUUUGUUGCAUGGAAGGUCUACGACGUUUACGGAUGGGUGAUCUACCAGGUCCAGGGAGCCUCAACCGAACGGCGGAGAAUCAUGCGCUACUAUCACAGUUUCAUUCUCUUGCUCAAGGUCAACAUCUUCUUCUAUGUCGGCAUCAUCAUCCAAUACGUCACGGCCUAUUUUUUCGUCACACGCCAUCCCAUCGUCUGUCCGUCGUACUGGUACCCUAUUUGUGACGACCUACAGCUGGCGGGAUCAAUCGUAUCGACAAGUCUCUCUGCAACCAAGUUUGUCAUCAUCACAGGAGUGGUGCUUUGCAUGGCUGCAAUUCUCUACUACUCCUUUGGCUACUACGGGACCCGUCUUGGCAACCGAAGUCUCAUGCUCAGCUUUCUGGUGCUCAUCACCAUGACAACGGGGGCACUCAUAUAUCCGCUUUAUCAAGCCUUCCAGACCGGAUUCGAGAUGACCCGAGUGUGGCUGACCGUCUUCUGCUGCAUCCAGAUCUGUCUCAACGUCAUCACCUUCUUCCUCGGUGUGUUUCUUACCGGAAGCAUCAACAAAGGCCUGCGUGAUAUGGGACCAAGUAUGGCCCCUCCAAAUACCCAGACCCUCUGCUGCACUUUGUUGAUGGCCCGGUACCGAGAAGUGAUCUGGAUUAUGUCGUUAUCUGCCCGCUCAAUCCAGUCAGUCUACACUCCCUCCACCUGGCGUGUCCAGUGCGCUCUACGAAUCGAGUUCAACCUCUCGAGCAUAUGAUUUGCGACAAAGAAAGCCGUGUCCUCGAGGGGUCGGCUGUGUGUGUGGCUGUAUGGGCUUGGACGGCAAUUGGUAGCGUCUCUACCACGCUCAACGUCUUGGUUGGGAAGGAGAGGCCACUGAGCCAAAUACAAGCACAGCAAUGGAAUGGCAACAGACUCCCUUUCCAUUGAUAGAAACAUCUUUCCCUCCGUCCGUGCAAGAAACGAGGUGCUCUGAGUUCCUUCCACCAACAACCGACUCUGAGUUCUGGAUGCCCCUUGCAAGUGUCCACUGUGCUCCGAAGCACCCUCCAGCGAUUUCUCGUUCCCCAUCCCUUCGGGAACAUUGUGACAGUCUUUCGAUCAUCACCCGCAGCGAUCGACUUGAUCUUGGUAGUCAAAAGGGCAAGAGGCUGCAGCCCCGAUUCUGGCUGGGUCUGAACCCAGAUAUCUACACAGGGCUCUCAAUGAUCCGCUAGCAGCGAGCCAGUACAGUGGCCUGUUUCUUGAU